GGGCCUCUCGGUCGCCUGACGCCGCGGGUUGGGGUGUGCAGGGCGGACACUUUUCCACUGACUUUAAACUCUUUCAUACUUACAUUCGCCGUUUCUUUUUACGUUCGUUUCUUUCCUGCAACUUUUAUUUUUAUUUUGAAGGGCGUAUUGUUGCGCUUUCUGCACGCUAAUAUUUCAAGAUGAUUGACAGAGUGAACGGAACGGAGGCCUUGCCCUUUGCUGUCCAGCUGAAGGCUCUCCUGGAGCAGGAGGCUCGCUUUCAGCCAAAACUGUGCGGCCUCCGCAUCCUGGAGUCUGCUCACGAUAAUGGCCUGAGGAUGACCGCCAAGCUGAGGGACUUCGAGGUGAAGGAUCUGCUCUCCCUGACACGCUUCUUUGGUUUCAGUGCUGAGACCUUCUCCCUUGCUGUGAGCCUCCUGGACCGCUUUCUGGCUGUGAUGAAGAUUCAGCCAAAGCACCUCUCCUGUGUUGGUCUUUGCUGCUUCUACAUUGCUGUGAAAACCUCAGAAGAGGAGAACAUUCCUCUGGCAAGCGAUCUGAUCAGGAUCAGCCAGAACCGCUUCACAGUCUCAGAUAUGAUGAGGAUGGAAAAGAUCAUUCUGGAAAAACUCUACUGGAAAGUCAGAGCACCCACUGCACUGCAUUUCCUUAGACUGUUUCACUUCCGUGUCCAGGAGAAGAUGGAUGCUGACAGUAAGAAGAUUCUAAACAUUGAGAGGCUUGAGGCUCAGCUCAAGGCAUGCCACUGCUCCUUUGUCUUCACGAAAAUAAAGCCUUCCUUGCUUGCCCUGGCUUUGUUGGCACAUGAGGUUGAGGAGCUGUAUGGAUUUGAGUCAGUAGUAGUCCUGAGAGAAGCGGUGCAGGACCUUCAGCUGUUACUUGCUGUUAAAGAUGGAGAUUUGGUUUGUGCAAGGGAGCUUGUUGCCAAGUGCCUGAUGGAAUAUUCCACCACCAAGUGCUCAAAGCCUAACAGCCAGAGGCUACGUUGGAUCAUCUCUGGUAGAACGGCCCGACAGCUGAAGCACAGCUACUACAAGAUUGCUCAUCUGCCUACAAUUCCUGAAUCUGCUUGUUAGUGUUGGGUGGCCAUAAUUUAGAGUAAAUGCUUUGAGUUAUGACAACUUGAUGGUGAAUCGGCUUCCUUAAAGAGCUUCUUUGUGAAGCUCUGUAAGGAAACUGAAUGUGUGGCUUUUAAACCCCCCCCCUUUUUUUUUUCUUUUUUUUUUUUCGUGGUAAUGGUUAUUUAUUGUCUGCUUUGACUAGGGCUUUCUAGUCAAGGGUGGGAUUGAGAGCAGUCAGCCAGACAAGGGUCAUGCCUGCCUGGUUUGAUCAGCUUGCGCGCAUGUACAGUAUGUUCAUUUGAAUCGGCGCAGUCAUUGGCGCUGGUUGUUUAAAGCGGUGAAGUAUUGAACCACCUAGGUCCUCAGUCCACCAUGUGGAAGAGGAGGGAGAAGGGUUUUGUGAAUUUAUGACUACAAUGGAACCAAGAAAUCGGGCCCAAAACCCUUAACUCCCACCCUAGGUUGCCGAACUGUCCUAAAGCACACUCCUACCCAAGGUGAUUAGUUAUGUUUUCUUUUAGUUUCUUGUUGGGGAUAUAAAUCAGUGUGUAGGUUUCUACCUUGCUGAGCAACAUACUCCUAACUGAGAUGCUUCUUAUGACUAACAGGUUUGACAAGUCAUGCUGUCAUGGCUGUGUCUAACCAGACAUGUUAGAUACAGGGUCCAAAUUGCUUCACCAAUGUGCAAAGCAUGUCUUGCUGCUAGUUUUCUCUUCAGCAGUCACAUUCUCAGGCUUGAUUUGGCUAAUGAUUAGACAUGUACCCCCUGUAAACAUGAAUGUGCACCUUUCAAUAAAACACUAUUGAAAUGUUAAA